GUAGGCUAGGUUAGCUAGCCUAGUAGGAGCAACUGGAUAGGUCCAGGUAGGGCCUUUUCAACUGUCGUGUGUAUGACUCCAAUCCGAUUCCUAGCGCGAUCGGACAACAUACGAAAGAAGUAGGUCUAGCCUAGGUCGCUAGCCUUUCUUUGUAGUUGUAGAGGGCUUCUUCCUACUAUGUACCUGUCCUGGGCUUAGGCCUAGUCCGUCUAUGAACUUUGAAUUCCUAAAUGCAAAAAGAAAAAAAAAAAAAUGGAGAAAGAUCAGUUAGUCGAGUCAUCCCUAAAUAGUGCACGGUUUCAUUUCCAAAACAAUCAUCAUGGAAUGUCAUUCGCUUAUUAUCUCCUGGCGCUCAAGUUGUCACCAGAGCAGAAGCAGAACUUGCGAAAGGAAUUCGGUGAUGUAUUUAGAGAAUGGGUGAACGAACUGUUGAGGCAAGACCGGUGUCAAGACAUUUUUGAAUGUUAUGCUCAAGCUUUAGAUGUCUUUCCUGAUAAUGAGUGGGUACAAGAUGUGAUGGGCUCUCAUUUGUACAGAUUAGGUUUUGCUGAUGAGGCUGUUCUUUACUUCCGUCAGGCGCUUAAGCUAAACCCAAAUUUACAUUCUGCACGAGAGAGCCUCAAUAAUCUCUUGAAUGCUCUGGUGGAGAGGUGGCACUUUCGGAUGUUGAAUGACAAAUGGCGCAACACUGCUUACAAAGAUGCUAUUCACCGGGCGGUCAAGACCGCCCAUGGGCCGAUGAACGUGCUUGACAUUGGCGCAGGAACAGGUAUUCUCAGUAUGUUUGCUGUUCAGGCUGGUGCCAAUGAGGUGUAUGCAUGCGAGAUGUCCAAGACCAUGGCAGGCAUUGCACAAGACGUUCUACGAGCCAAUCAGAUGCUUGAUAAGAUACAUAUUUUACAAAUGAAGUCAACAGAUAUGCAAAUACCAGACAAUUUACCAAGCAGAGUUUCUCUUGUUGUAACUGAAACAUUAGACAGUGGUUUACUAGGGGAAGGCAUUCUGGACACAGUACACCAUGCAUGGAACCACCUGCUCCUUCCUCCAGAUGAAAAGGGAGGAGGUGGAAGAGUAAUUCCUAGUGGAGCCACAGUGUUUGCAAUGUUAAUUGAGUGUGAACAUAUAAGGAAGCAUCAUAGCGUAAUUUCCAAGUCCAUUGGUGGCAUACUUCUUGACUUCACUAUUGUCAGUCCAUCAGUCAACCUAAUGAGCGAUAGUGGUAUAACGGAUGUGCGAACUGUUUUCUCAGAACCAUACACAUCAGAAGAAAUCUGCUCUCUUCCUGGUGGGUACACCGCCCUCUCAAGUGUCAUCAAAGUUGAAGAUUUCAAUUUUAAUAAUCCACAGGAAGUGGCAGAAUUGUGUUCUCACAAAUCACUCCCAAAGGCACUGACAGUACCAGUUGCCCGACAAGGAAAUAUCGAUGCCAUUGUGGUAUGGUUUGACCUGUACCUUGACUCGCAGACAAGUAUAAGCACCUCCCCUUGGUCAGAGGGCUGUUGGGAAAAAGCUGUUUAUCCAAUUACUGCAGGAAAUAUAAAAGGUGGUGUAACAGAAGUUAAAUCAGGCGAGACUGUUAAUUUAGAGGUAGUCUGUAAAGAGAACCAUCUUGCAUUUCAAUGCAUUAAAAUUAAGUCUGUGAAUAGUACAAGGACAGAAAGUCAAGAUCUUAGAGAGAACCCACAAAUUGAAACAGUCAUUGACAAUCAACAUUUAUCUCAAGAUAUUUCAAGAGUUAUGCCUCUUGAAAUCCAAAAUCAUCCAACUAGUACUUUCCGAUAUGCUUCAUCCCGUCAAACCAGUAAAGGCUCUUCUUGUAAAUUGUUGCCAUCAGAAAAGAAUUGUCCUAGGGUACUUGAACGAGAUUCUUCUGGAGUUUGUGUUAAACAAUCCUGGCAGUUAAAACAUGAAAGUGGUCUUGAAGAGACGUCAUCUACAAGUAAAAAAUCAGAAGACAGCCUCCAAGAAAUGUCAGAUCUUUCCUGGCAACAUCUUCCUUCUAUGAAAAAUCCUCCACUCGGUAGUAGUGGAGGGAUAGGACAUAAAGAAUGCUUGCUAGAGAGGAACACAAAAUCUAAUAAAGUUUUUGUUAUGGAAGAAAAAGAUAUUUUUACACUUAAUGAUCUCUGGUAUCAGGUUCAAAUUUGUGAAACAAUUCAGAAAGCUGUAGAUAGCUCUCUCACACAGAGAAGAUCUUCAGAGACCAGAGGAAAUGACCACAUUACCUCUGAUCUAGGAAAGAAUUGGCAAGUACUUGAUAUCUCUGAGGGAGUUUCUCUAGCCGUAGUGUAUGCAGCAGAUGCUGGUGCAACUCGGAUACAUGUCUCCCACCAACAUGACACAAAUUUAGAUCUUGUACUUGACUUGUGUAAGCAAAAACAUUACAAUAUUGGAAGUGAAGAUAUCCAGACAUUAGUUUCUGAGCUUCAUUCUGAUGUAUUGUGGGAUGUUUUAGUGGUUGAUAUUGUGGAGCCAAGUGGCCUGUUACGACAUAACAUAUGGCAGGAGGUGGCACUAGUUAGAGAUACUAUUCUUCAACUAGAGGGAGUAAUCAUUCCUUCGGGAAUAACAAUUCAUUGCAUGUGUAUCGACAGCAAAUGGAUUCUGGAGAACAGUUACGUAGUUGAUAAUUCAAGAACGUUGGACUUCGAUAUCAAGCCAUUUAUGAAUUCAUUCACAGUUCCGACACAUCCUGGUAUUUUUUUCUCCAAGCUUCAGUGUAUUCAACUCUCCACAGCCAUCGAACUAAUGCAUAUUGACCUACGUGAUAUUGUCUUAACCAAUCAGCCGGUAAAACCAACAUUCAAAAUUGAGCAGAAGAAACAAGUUGAGAUAGAAACUGAUGGUUGCCUGAUGGCAGUGUUGUUCUGGUUCGAUCUUAAAUUAGACACCUAUCGAUCGAUUAGUACUCUCAAUCCUGCGACACAUUUUAGCCAGUCAGUUUACAUACUCUCAGAACAAUUUCAAGUUAGUGCAGGCGAAAGACUCUGUCUUUCGUUCUUCCUAGAAGACAGUUCUAUUUCAUUCAAAGUUCAACAUCUUGUAACUCACGAUGACUCAAGUAGCUAAUAAAAUUUCAUAUAAACAAUCAGUGAGCUUUUAAGUAUCUCUUUAUCCAGCUUCAUCGUAAUACCGUAAAAUCUUGAAUAGAAGCCCAAUGGCCUUAAUCUUGAAUCUUUAGUUUGCAAAAGUAGCCUAGAAAAAGAGGCUCAGGCAGGGGUGGCGCCAGGAUUUGCCCGACAGGGGGACGAGGUCAGAUUCCCCCGACGAAACCAAAGUGGGCGUGGUCGAGCUUCGAUUAAAAGGUUAGGAAAGUGGUCGAAAAUUUUGACAAUUUAGGGGUUUCAAAGGCUUAUUAAUCGAUUUUAGAGUAAUAAUAUGUAGAAAAUACUUAUAAUUUUUUUUUCUCCUCCAAGGGGGCCCAGCUCUUGACCCCCCCCCUCCCGCUGGCGCCACCCCUGGGCUCAGGUCUUUGGGCUUUUUUUCGAGAUAAUACACUGUAGAUGAAUUUCAAAGAAACAAAAUAAAUUCAAAACAUGCUUGGUUUAUACAGUGGUUUUGGUGAUUUGAUGCCGGUUAAUGCACUCUAUGAGACAGACUGAUGUUACAGUGGCCCAUCCAGGGUUUGCAAAAAAAAAAGAAAAAAGAAACCCAGGGCUUCUAUUCGAGUUUUAUGGUUUAACUAUAAACAGACCAUAGGUAAAUAUGUGGCUCAGUCUAGGUGAAAAUUUGGACCGCUUAAUACAAUAUCAAACUAGAGCAGUCACAGAGUCCUUAACUGUGUCCUGUGGCUGGAUACGGAUCAAUACACAGGUGUAUGAGCUAUUCCAUUAUUUUCUUUUGUGCUCAAGGGUAAUUUCAAAGAAAUGAAAUUUAUGUGGCAUCCUAUUUGCUCAAUGUUAUAUACCAUUACACUAAAUUUUAUGAUGAUCUAUUUCUUUUUUUUUUGUAAUCAUACUAAUAUACAGACAGACAGACAAAGGUGAAUAAAAGUAGUUUCAGUUUAUUGGCAGAAAUGAGCAUGCACUUUUAUACAAUUAGAGAAACCCUGGUUUAGGGGUCACUUUUCUGGGAAAAAAGGGAAAAUAACUAUCUUAUAACAGUGUGCCAAAUGGUCAAAUCAACACACAUUCAAACACUUAUUUAAGAUGGAAAUUGAGUGAGAAAGUACUCUGAUCAUCAUAACAUGCGCAGUGUAUAGGCCCAAUACAAUUCAUUUGAGACAAUAAUGACAUGAAUCUUAAACACGUUAUUGUACAGCAUAUUUUGGCCAGGCAAUUAUUUUUUUCCAUUUUUCAUUUAUUUAUUUAUUUUUUUUUAUACUGAAUAUACACUUUCAAUACAUAGUACUGGUUUGGAAGUGGUUCAGUUCUUAACUACAAAAUUUUAAAAGCAGAU